GUUCGUUUUGCUGAAAAAUCAGGUGCAUUGGGUUUGGUUGUUGGACCAGAAAGUCGUAUAGUGGCACAAAUUGAUAAGACAGAACGUGGUCGUAUACCAGUUGUAAUGUUGGAUGAUUUAGAAACAAAACGAUUAAAAAAGCAAUUAAAUGAAGCAACGCAUAGUGGUUCUGUAAUUCGAAUUGCUUUUGAAUAUGUUGAUUUUGAACCUCAAUAUACCUUACGACUACAGGUGAUAAUCAUGAUAAUCAUCUUAGAUUAUCUUGUAAAAUAA